AUGCCGCAAGGCUCAUGCUUUAAACCAGCGCAAAACAGCCCCCGUCAGCAAACAUCAACAUCAGCAGGACCAUCAGCAGAGCAACAAAGAAGGAGAAAGUGCAACCAGAACUACGGAGUUCCUGUAAACAAAGUGUGGAUCUUCCCGGACUCCACUGUGACGCAAAUAGUCAGCAAUGAUUACGUUAAGACGCAGGCAAGUGCUGUACCUCUGCAUGCUCUUCCUCAUUCGAUGCCUGCCUUUGCUUACUAUAACUUUAUCUUUCCUUUUUGGUAUCCAGCGCAAUUAUUCAGUUCAACUGCAAAUGCGUAUAGUGUACAGAGUCAAGACAACUCCACAGUUGAUAAUGUCAGAUCAAGUUUCUUGAAUCCUUACGGAAUUUCGGCUCCAACCAAACCGUCCAGCUUGAACAUGAUCUUGGUCCCAGGAAGAUCGCCCCAAAUCGUCUACAAAUCUCCACCGCUAGAGCAUUAA